AUGUUUACUGAAAUAAAGGUACCUCAAUUAGAUCUAACAAUUAAACAACCACUGGGUUUGUUCAUCGAUAACGAAUUUGUAAAACCAAGCGGACAAGAUGAAGUUGAUACUAUCAAUCCUUCUACUAAUGAAAAGAUCACAACUAUCCCAUUAGCAUCUGCAGAAGAUGUCGACAAGGCAGUCAAAGCAGCUCGCAAGGCAUAUACACAUGUUUGGGCCAAGACAACUCCAGAUGAACGUGGAAAGUUGUUACUGAAACUGGGAGAUUUGAUUGAACGUGAUAUCAAGAUUUUAGCUGCUCUUGAAAGUAUUGAUGCCGGUAAACCAUAUCAUACCAAUGCGAUGAUGGAUCUACAAGAAAUUAUUCAAUUGACUAGAUAUUUUGCUGGGUCUGUCGAUAAGUUUAACGUGGGAAAGGUCAUUCCAGUUAAGCCGGAAAAGUUUGUUUAUACAAUUGAACAGCCGUAUGGUGUUGUUGCCCAAAUUGUUCCCUGGAACUACCCAUUAGCUAUGGCAUCUUGGAAGAUCCAAGGAGCUUUAGCAGCAGGGAAUACGAUUGUCAUAAAGCCAGCAGAAAAUACUUCUCUCUCCUUAUUGUAUUUAGCAAAGUUAUUCGUUGAAGCGGGUUUCCCAAAGGGUGUAUUGAAUGUAGUUCCAGGUGCUGGAGGAGUUGUGGGUAACUCACUGGCCAAACAUGAAGGAAUUGACAAACUUUCAUUCACAGGUAGUACUUCUGUCGGUGCAAAAAUGCUAGAACAAUCAGGAAACUCUAAUUUAAAAGAUGUUACGCUAGAACUGGGCGGUAAAUCUCCUGCAGUAGUAUUUGCUGACGCUAAUUUAGACAAUGCUAUCCAAUGGAUAGCAUCUGGUAUUUUCUUCAAUACAGGUCAAAACUGUACUGCAAACUCACGCAUUUAUGUAGAGGAAGGAAUUUAUGAUACAUUCAUGGAAAAAUUCAGGGAGCACACUAGGAAAAAUUGGAAGUUUGGUGAGAAGUACGAUAUGUUCGACAAAGAAUGUACUGUUGGUCCCGUGAUUUCUGAGAAACAAUACAAGAGUAUCAAAGAAACACUAGAGGGUAAAUAUGCCAAUAAGAGUGAGGAUCCCAGCCAAUGGAAGUUAGAAGAGCUUGUCGAAUGUAGAGCUCCAAAAGGUUUCUUCAUUCCACCAACUAUCAUAACAAAUGUCUCACAGAAUUCAUCGUUGAUGCAAAAUGAAAUUUUUGGGCCAGUCGCAUGUGUAUGUAAAUUCAAAAACUAUGAGGAAGUAAUCGAACUAGCAAACGAUACACACUACGGUCUUGCCUCUGCAGUAUUUACUGAAAACAUACGUAAGGCUCACAGAUUUGCAAGAGAUAUCCUGGCAGGCACAGUUUGGAUUAAUGUCUCUAAUGAUGUUGAAAUUUCUGCUCCAUUUGGUGGAUUCAAAAUGAGUGGAAUUGGGCGUGAAUUAGGUUACUAUGGUGUAGAAACGUAUUUACAAACAAAAAGUGUCCAUGUGAACACUGAAUAUUAG